UCUUCGAACUUUCUUGGGACUGGUCUCCCUUUCCCCAUUUCUUUCUUUCUUUUUACUUGCAUCGACGGCAAGCCAUCUUCGCUCUUUUCACCCUUCGACGUCAUAAUGGUCCAUUUCGCAUCAAGCAGCAGCGCUGCCAGCGCUUUUAUUUUCGCCGCUUUCCUUCCCACUGCAUUGGCUCAUGCAGGCAUCACUUCCCCUCCCAUUCGCUCGCCUGGUCAAAACUUCCUAUCUGCAUGUGGCCAGACAUCUUUUGACUCCGUCAAGGGAGAUCCGACCGGUCAUAUUGAGGAGCAAACUCCUGUUACUGCAGGAUGUGAGCUUACGCUCUGCCGCGGAAUGCUCUUCUCCGAUCAGCCAGCAUCCAAUGUGCAGAAGGUCACCCCCGGACAGAAUAUGGCCAUGGCGGUAGAUUGUACUAUUCCGCAUGGUGGACCCGCCAAUGUUUCUCUCGUCGAUACCACAGCUGGUGGCUCCGGCGAAGUCAUCGGUUCUUUCCUCAAGACCUUCGACGAUUUCUGUCCCACUUCGGGCGGAACGCCAGCUGACCAAUCGAACCUUCAAUUCACCCUCCCGAAUGCAGACGCCGUAGGCUCCAAAUGUCAAACAGCAGGCGACUGCGUCGUCCAGCUCUUCUGGGCCACACCCGAUUUCAGCCAGAACUAUUACUACUGUGUCGACGUCGCGAUGGCUGCUGAUAAUUCGACAUCCUCCGCCGCUGCCUCUGGGAGCGCAUCUGCAUCUGCCUCCUCCUCGACUAGCGCUGCAUCCUCCAAGUCAGCAGCGUCCACCUCUGCUGCCGCGUCUUCGGCGUCAGUUUCCGCCGCCUCUACUUCUUCUGUUUCCUCGGUGGCUUCUUCCUCGGUGGCUUCUUCCUCUGCCGCCUCGGCCUCAGCAUCCGCGUCCGAUGCUGCCUCCACAGCAACAACCGAAGUCGCCACCUUCGUCAGCUCCGUAUCUGCCGUGCUUUCCACCGCUACGUCCACGCCCACGUCUACUGCGACACGAAUGACGACGAGCACCGUUACCGCCGGCGCAAGUGGGACAGCUGCAGAGGCGAAUGGGGCGGUGAGUACGACUGGAGCAUUGACCAGUGGAGCGAGGAGGAGGGUUAGACUGUUUUGGUUCUAGGUCGUGGAAGAAACAAAUGGACGGGAUGGAACUUAGGGUUGGGGCCGUAUCCGAAUGAGUAAGGGAAGUAUGGCUGCAUGAAAGAUGCGAGGCUAUGGACUUUGUGAUGUGUUUCUUUUUUCGUUGGACUUGGACUUUGCCACCCUUAGGUAUUAUAUUUGCUUGGUUUAUCUUGAUGUCGUUGUUCUCAGGAAUUAUGACAGCUAAAUUGUCGCAGUGCC